UGCAGACAAACAAGCACCGCACUCCAGCGACACCCUGCGAGGACCACACUGGUUUAUCAUAAUUUUUAUUCGAAGUUGAGUUUGUUUUCUUCAUAUUUCGAUGCUGAACUUCCCCAUUUUAUCAAUUUCUCUUAUGGCGUUGGGUUUUGUUUUUAAUUUGUUUGGGUUUCCACUUUUCAAGAAUCGGUCAUGUUGAUUAAUUUUGUCUGUUCUUUCUAUUGUUUAAUCCAUGAUUUGAACAAUUGGGUAAGAUCACAGCUUUAUGAUAUUGGAACAUUGACUAGCUUGACUCAAUUUGUGAUUCAAAAUGGUUUACUGUUGAUGGCAAAGAAGGGUUUUUGAAAAGAUGCCCCCAUUCUCCUUGUUUUCUUUUUAACCUUCCUCUUACUUUCCAUUCAGUGUGGUAAUGUAUUCCUUCUGCUGAGGAAAGAAAAUGCACCUCACUGAUUUGACUUUUUGUGGGAAUAUCUUAAUAAACUUUGUUUAAAUCACUUCAGCUUUGAGUAUGGCCAUGAUCAGUUUUUGUUCGCUAGUUAAAAAUUUAUUGGUUUGUUGAAGACAAAAGCGCAAACUUUGUGUUUAUAUCAAUGUGUUGAACUUGACAGGGUUUAUAGUGUGUUGUUAUGCAACAUGGAAUCUCAAUUAGUAGACCAAAAUGAUGCUAUGGAAGUUUCUGGGGAUGUGGAUUUAAGUACAUAUGAAGUUCAGGUAGAUCAAGAAACAUAUGAAGUGGAUCCAAAUGAGGGGUGUAGAGUACUAGAGAGUUCUUCUGGGGAGAGUUGGGUAUCUGUGAUGAUGAUCAUGCUAUUCAGGAACCAUAUGAAGGCAUGGAGUUUGAAUCUGAAGAUGCUGCUAAGAUAUUCUACGACGAAUAUGCACGACGUGUUGGAUUUGUCAUGCGUGUGAUGUCAUGUAGACGCUCAGAGAGGGAUGGUAGGAUUCUUGCCCGCAGGCUUGGGUGCAACAAAGAGGGUUAUUGUGUCAGCAUCCGAGGGAAAUUUUCAUCAGUUCGUAAACCUAGGGCCAGCACAAGGGAAGGGUGUAAGGCAAUGAUUCAUAUCAAAUAUGAGAAAUCUGGAAAAUGGGUGAUAACAAAGUUUGUGAAGGAUCAUAAUCAUCCAUUAGUAGUCUCUCCUCGUGAAGCACGCCAAACAAUGGAUGAGAAGGAUAAGAAAAUUCAGGAAUUAACAGCAGAGCUUCGGCAUAAAAAACGGUUGUGUGCAACAUAUCAAGAACAACUUACUUCCUUUAUGAAGGUUGUUGAAGAGCACAAUGAAAAGCUAUCUACGAAAAUUCAUCUUGUAGUUAAUAAUCUCAAAGAAUUUGAAUCCAUAGACGAGGUUUUGCACCAAACAGCCGCGAAUCACGUUGUAGUUGAUCAUUAAAAUGUUUUGUCAUGUUCAAAGAAUGAUCCUUCAAUCCAUCAUGAACUGCACACUCUGAUUCAAUGAAUACUUUGGUAAGGUCAGUGUUGCCACGGAGAAGACCACCAUAUCUGUAAACUGUGAAAUUUUAUACCUUGUCACAGUGCCUUGAAAUUUUGUGACAUUUUACCUUGUAAUCUUUGUAUACCUUUUGUUAUCCCCUCAUAUUACACAAGAAAAUGUAAACAAUAAUACUGUGAAGUAUUAAGUUUGGAACUAUUGUAACAUAAUAGUGUUGUUGAUAGGACAAA